AUGCAGUUCAAGUCCGUCCUCGCUGUCUUCGCCGCCGCCGCUGUCGCCAGCGCCGCUCCCGGCGGAGGAACUCCCUCUCAGUGCACCACCGAACAGGCCAACAAGUGCUGCACUGGUUUGCUCAAUGGACUUCUCAACAUUAAUAUCCUGCCAGCCCUUUGCCUGCCUCUCGUCGGAACUUGCAACAACCAGGCCGCCUGCUGCGAGAGCAAUGGCAUUGUAAGUCGAAACCGCAUCAUUGGGCAUCAGACUGCUGACGAGGAAUCUAAGGGCCUUCUGAACUGCCUGACCAUCCAGAUUUAA